AUGGCUCGCGGAAACGUCGGAGUUUACAAGGUCUUCUACAAGGGAGAGACGGAUGAUUUCGUCGUCUACGUCGAUGAUGUUGCCAGCGUGAAGCAGUGGAGGAAAGACAAGACAGUUCCUCUAGCUCAAGUGGUCAGUGGGUGGAAGAUAUUCAUCACUCACAGACAUGGUGCACAAGGAAUCCACGAUGGAGCCAGCAAGGCAACACUGUCGAAUGAGUUCGGAACAUCGGAUGAGGUGGAAUGUAUUACCAAGAUACUGGAGAAGGGAGACCUGCAAGAAUCAGAGGAACCUCUUAUCGAGGGCACAGCUUCGGAGGAUAUACAAGGUAUUAAACUAUUGUAG